UAGGUUCAGAUUAAGAUUAAGUGGAACAAGACUUAAAUUAACCCCCAAAGUCGUAUUCCGAGUCUUGGAUUUAGCAUUAAUCCUUCCUCGCAUCAGCGUAGUGUUUGAAAACCAACUGUUCGGCUUUUAGACUUUGACGGCAGUGCCCGUCUUUAAAUACGCUUUUGAGUCGUGUUAAAACAUUCAAGCCUUGAUAAACUAAUAUCGAUAAAAGGAUGUUUGCUUCUUUGUGACACAAAUGGAGAAUUCAGAGACCAGUCCGUCAUCAGGGCCCCUGUCAGGGGCGGACAGAGGUAUGGCACGGCCCUCAGGUCCUCCAGCUCAGCUGUCAGAGUUAGCCAGGCCCUCCAAGUCACCAAGGAGACGGCGGGAGGCGAAAAGGUUGCAGCGACGUGGCGAUGGUCAUGAACAGCUGCUCUGGGAGAUGGAGCGGCGGAGGUUGCCAGGCCAACAUGAGCACUUGGAGCCCUGUGGGUCAGCAAGUGACACAGCGGAAAGCUCGCCUAAGAGGAGAGCCCACUUUCUACAUGGACCAUAUCCAGCCACUCACUUUGGACCCAAAGCCUGUAUUCUUCCCAACCCAACUUCAGUCAUGCACAUCCAGGAUCCCGCCAGCCAGCGACUCACCUGGAACAAACCUCCUGUCAACGUGCUCGUCAUUCGAAAAAUCAGAGACGAGAGCCUGGUGGAGCCUUUCAAAGAGCUCUGCAGGUUUCUAGUGGAGGAGAAGCAGAUGAUGGUGUACGUGGAGCGCAGAGUCGCAGAUGAUGCUAUGCUGUCAAAGGAUGAGACCUUCGGCUCAAUCCGCAAUCAGCUCUGCACCUUCAGAGAGGGUUAUGAUGAUAUCUCUGACUGCAUAGAUUUAAUCAUCUGCCUGGGUGGAGAUGGGACUCUGCUCUAUGCCUCCUCUCUUUUCCAGGCCAGCGUCCCUCCGGUUAUGGCGUUUCAUCUCGGUUCUCUGGGUUUCCUUACGCCCUUCAAGUUUGAGUCGUACAAGACUGAAGUAGCCAAAGUGUUUGAAGGCAAUGCUGCCAUUACUCUGCGUAGUCGUUUGAAGGUGAAGGUGGUGAAGGACAUGCUUCAGAGAACAGGUCAUCAGUUGUUCGGCCAAGAGCCACCGCCGCAGCAAGAGCACAAUGGGCUCCUUCCUCUCGGGCAUACCAGCAGCGAGUCCGGCAAGGUCACCCUACAGCUACAGGUGUUGAAUGAGGUGGUGGUGGAUCGAGGCCCAUCCUCUUACCUGUCAAAUGUAGACUUGUACCUCGAUGGACGACUUAUCACCUCAGUGCAGGGAGAUGGUGUGAUCGUGUCCACACCUACAGGCAGCACAGCAUACGCAGCUGCAGCAGGAGCCUCAAUGAUCCACCCCAAUGUACCCGCCAUCAUGGUCACCCCCAUCUGCCCACACUCGCUCUCCUUCAGGCCCAUUGUUGUCCCUGCUGGGGUGGAGCUCAUGAUCACCUUGUCCCCUGAUGCCAGAAACACCGCCUGGGUGUCGUUUGAUGGCAGGAAGAGACAGGAGAUCCAACAUGGAGACUGCAUCAAGAUCACUACAUCUUGUUAUCCGGUGCCGUCUAUCUGUUGUCAUGACCUGGUGUACGACUGGUUCGAAAGUCUGGCUCAGUGUUUGCACUGGAACGUACGCAAGAGGCAGGCGCGGCUGGCAGAUGUCUCGGACUCCUCAGACACGGAAAACUGAAUCCCAGAGUGUUUUUGCUGGCUUGAGUUGAAGACAUCCAGCCGACACUCUCCACAGCAGCUGAGUGAGUGAGUGAGAAUGAGGGGACCGGGUUUGUUGGAAAAUGUUCUGUGAACAUUUUCAGGGCAAGAACACUGGACUGUGCUAGAGAGAGCGAGCGUGCAUGUACAGCCCAAAUCAGUGUUACAUCAGUCCUAUAAAUGACAUGUACAAUGAGCAAA